AUGAAAGCAACGGUAGCGCCACCACCUACCACACAACCACCCCCAACCAAGCCACCCACCACCCCCAUACCCCUGGACAAGGACGCCCUACUGAAAAAGGCGGCCGAACUCGACAAACUGGCCAAGGACGAAAUCGACAAGUUUGACAAACUGUCACGUCGGGCACUGGUAUCCAACAUCGAGAGCCUGGACCAGACUAUCCUGGAUUUGGCCGCUAAGAUCAAGACUACCUCCGGUGUACUGCCCCUCCAGGUGCUCGAGUCGCAGCUGUAUUGGUUGGAAACGGAGUUGGGAGUGGAGAUCGACGCCAUCGAAUCGGCCUAUAAUAGGAUCAUGAAGAUGGUGAACGACGCCCAGGUAUUAGACGCCCGGAUCGAUAAGGGUAUCAUUAAGAUGGGUCCCGACACCCCCGUGGGUAAGGCCCUCAAAGAGGAGAAGGAGUCGCUCGCAAAAGUGGUGAAUAGUUUAAGGGCGGCCACGGAUGAGAGAACCAUACGGGUGCUCGAGUUUGACCUGGCUCUCAUCGAGGAGAGAGUAUUCCUAAUAGCCGGAUCAUUACAAGAUAAUUAUGACAAUACACUAGAUUUCCCCACUAAAGAGGAACUGGAGGCCAGAGUAGUCGAACUCAAAGAUAGCUUGGAGAAAGACGCCGCCCGACUGAGAGGCGACCCCCGUAUCGACACCCGCGAGUUGGCCACCCUUGACCUGUACGACACCGAACUCCGGGUGCUGUCGACCGACCUCCACAUCGAAACGGAUCACAAAAGGAUCCUGAGUUUAUUGGUCCAACUGGACGACCUGGUGAUCCGAGUGGACGUCGAGAUCAAUCGUUUAGAACAACUAUUGGAUCGCCUACCUGUCCCGUCACCCACUAAAGCACCCGCACCUACCCCGGCACCCACUAGAGCACACUCACCUACCCAGGCACACACUAAAUCACCCGCACCUACCCAAGUACCCACUAAAAUUACAACGACACAACUAUCCACCACCAACCCCUCUAUCACUACCCAAACCCCACUGGACAAGGAUGCCCUACUGAAAAAGGCGGCCGAACUCGACAAACUGGCCAAGGACGAAAUCACCAAGUUUGACAAACAACAACGUCGAGCACUGGUAGCUAAUAUCGAGAGCCUGAACCAGAAUAUCCAGGAUUUGACCGCCAAGAUGAAUACCACGUCGGGUGUACUACCCCUCCAGGUGCUCGAGUCGCAGCUAUUUUGGUUGGAACGGUAG